CACGACUUCACUGAGCCACUCACAUCGUCCGCGCAACCAACCCCGAUCGAUCGAGGUGACCACAACCAAGCACCGAACCUUCCUCCGAUUCGAGAUCCCUACUGGGUAGUGAGCGAGCAUGGACCUCCACCUCCCCAUAGUUCACCCAGGCGCGGCGCCGGCGGGCAACGUCGAGAUGGGCCACCAAGCACCAGCAGCAGCCGUGAACCCGCCGCCACCAGCGGCUCACGACCAGCCGGCCGUGAACCAGCAGCAGCUCGGCGGGCAGGGACCGAACACCUGGGUCGGCAACGACGCCAACACGCUGCUGGUGGUGGCCACGCUGAUCACCACGCUCACCUACCAGCUCGGCACCAACAUCCCCGGCGGGUACUGGCAGGAGACAAAGUCGGUGGACGGCAGGGAGCUUUACCGCGCCGGCGACCCCAUCAUGCGCGACCUGCACCGCCCAAGGUACUGGCUGUUCAUGGCGGCGAGCUGGGCUGGGUUCGCGAGCUCGAUGGUGAUGACGCUGAGCCUGCUGGUGCGGAUGUCGGCGGACUCGCGGCACGUGCGGUGGUCGUUCGUGGUGGCCUACUCCAGCCUCGUGCUCACCUUCGUGGUGUCGCAGCCCAGGACUCACCUGUCCAUGGACAUCCUCGUCUGGGCGGGCGUCCUCGCCUUCCUCUGGCUCGUCAUCAGCGUCCACCCGGAGCACCGCACGCGCAUCGUCCAGGCACUCUGCUGCAGCCACCGCAACUAGGAGUUGACUGGCGGGUGGCUCUAUCGUCCAGCCGGAUACGUAGUUUGAUUGGCCAGGGAAUUAGCGGUAGUUUUUUAAAUAAUCCGAGGGAGUAUGCUCAGUGAACUAGUUAUGGAUGAUUACCGUUUUCUUCAAGCUGUGUGACAUAUUGCUGAUGUUAAUGAAUUGACGCGAGCUGUGUGACA